CGAGCAACCGAGACACAAGAAGGCGUGAAAGUCGAACGGCAGCGCGGGUUAAAGUCGCCUCUGGUGCUGCGGCGGUUUCCUGUCGCACCUGCCUGUCUUUCUCUCUCCAUCUGUGGGUGUCCACCUGUCUCCCCUUCUCUCUGUUUGUCUUCCUCCCGGUGCCGUGUCGGGUUGAGACGCCAUUUCUGCCACAGAGGACGUCAGGUUGUCAGCGAAGGAGCACAGAACCCCGGCGGGACCAUGUUGACGCUGCUGACUUCCAUGUAUCUGGUGGUGCGGGCGGUUUCCUCUCAGGCUGAACCUAUCCGUGUUCUGGUGACUGGGGCCGCUGGCCAGAUUGCCUACUCCCUGCUGUACAGCAUCGCCAAGGGGGAUGUGUUCGGAAAGGACCAGCCAAUCAUCUUGGUCCUGCUGGACAUCCCCCCCAUGCUGCCGGUGCUGGAUGGAGUCGUCAUGGAGCUGCAGGACUGCGCCCUCCCACUGCUCAGGGAGGUCAUCCCCACUGACAAGGUGGAGGUGGGCUUCAAGGACCUUGACGCCGCCAUCUUGGUGGGUUCCAUGCCCAGGAAGGAGGGCAUGGAGAGGAAGGACCUGCUGAAGGCCAACGUGGCCAUCUUCAAGACGCAGGGAGCCGCCCUGGACAAGUACGCCAAGAAGACCGUCAAGGUUCUGGUGGUUGGAAAUCCAGCAAACACCAACUGUCUGAUCGCCUCCAAGUCUGCUCCAUCCAUCCCCAAAGAGAACUUCUCCUGCCUCACCCGACUGGACCACAACAGAGCCUGCUCCCAGGUGGCGAUACGCUGCAGCGUGUCCUCCGACAACGUGAAGAACGUCAUCAUCUGGGGGAACCACUCCUCCACCCAGUACCCCGACGUCCACCACGCCAAGGUCAAUGUCCACGGCAGCGAGACGAGUGCCUACGACGCCGUGAAGGACGACGCCUGGCUGAGAGGAGACUUCAUCUCUACGGUGCAGCAGCGCGGUGCCGCCGUCAUCAAGGCCCGGAAGCUGUCCAGCGCCAUGUCUGCCGCUAAGGCCAUCUGCGACCACAUGAGGGACAUCUGGUUCGGCACCAAGGAGGGUGAGUUCAUCUCCAUGGGCGUGUACGCUGCUGGAAACUCCUACGGCAUCCCAGAGGACCUCAUCUACUCCUUCCCUGUCCAGAUCAAGAACAAGACCUGGAAAGUGGUGGACGGGCUCGCCAUCAACGACUUCUCCCGAGCCAAGAUGGAUGCCACAGCCGCCGAGCUGGUGGAGGAGCGAGACACCGCUCUGGACUUCCUGUCCCAGUGACUGUCUCCACCUGCUGGUCAACAACAACAGCACUUAAACCCCCUGAAGGCUCGCUGUUCUCGUCUCUGAAGACAAAGCCCUCCACAAUUAUAACCGUCCCAGCUGGUGUCUGUGUUUUACCUCUGUGUGUCCGUGUGUGUGUGUGUGUGUGUGUCAGCGUGUGAGUGUUUGUGACUGUGCGUCACUAGGCCACUUCUUCAGGUUUUCAGACCUGUUUAAUGACCACAUCCUGGCCUCCUCUGUCUGCAGGACACCAAGAGAAUGUCUCUGUUUGUAGAUGAUAAGAGUAACACACACUAGCUGUUCAGAAACUGUAAGGGAACAUGUUAUCACCAAUAAAACCACCAGGAAACUGACA